GAACUUAGGAAGGAGAAGAUGAAGGAGAAAAAAACCCCCAAGCCUUCAGUCCUCCCCUUGCAGAAGAGUGAGCGAGGGAGCAGUAUAAAUAGUGCUGCCUCCUUCACUGCCCUGCUGUAUCUUCAAAAACUCCAAAGAGAAUCUUUUUUUUAGCACUGCCUUCCAUUUCUCUCUUUCUCUCCCUCACUCAUUUACACUCUCUCUCUCUCUCUCUCACACACACACACACUCUCUCUCUUUACAGCAGUCUGUCUGAGGUCUCUUGAAGCCUCUUUUUCGUUUCUUUCAGAGCUGAGACACAGUCGCCGUCUUCCUCUUCUCUCACUCACUUGCUUUCCCUCCAUCUUUUGCUCCGUUAAUACUCCAAGGAUCCUUUCUUUAGACGUCGACUGACCACCUUGCGCUAUAUCAUCCUCGAGGCAAGCAGUCCGGCCAUCAACGGUCACUCGCAAGAACCAGAGAGAAGGUAGGCGAGGCCACUCCAAACCGAGAACACACACACACACACACACACACCGUCUGCCACCAUGCUGUGCGUGAAGUUGGCCUUUGCCAUGGCGCUCCUUGCGCCCGCGACGCUGGCGGGUCCCAGCCAGUGUCCGAGCCAGUGCCAUUGCCACGGCGACCUGCAGCACGUCAUCUGCGACAACGUGGACCUCAAGAAGAUCCCUCAGGUGUCGGAGACCACGCGCCUGCUCAACCUCCAGCGCAACAACCUGGGCUCCCUGACCACCGGCGGCUUCGCCGAUAUGAAGGGCCUUAUCUCGCUCCACCUGCAGCACUGCAAGAUCCAGGAGAUCGCCGGACAGGCCUUUAAGGGGCUCAAGAAGCUCAUCUACCUCUACCUGUCGAACAACGAGAUCUCCUCCAUCCGGCCGGGUGCCUUCGACGACCUGGGCGAGCUCACCUAUCUGUACCUGGACGGCAACCGCAUCAGCGCCUUGGCCAAAGGCAUCUUCGCGCCCAUGAUCAACCUGUUCAUCCUGCAGCUGGACAACAACCAGAUCCGCGACCUGCCCCCCGGCGUCUUCGCUGGCGCCAAGGACCUGCGCUGGCUGCACCUGAGUGGCAACGAGAUCGCGUCCGUGCAGCCCGGCUCGCUGGACGACGUGGAGAACCUGGCCAUCCUGCACCUGGACCGCAACAAGCUGAGCACGUACCCGCUGACCGCAAUGAGCAAGCUGAGGGUGGUCGAGGAGCUGACCCUCUCCAAGAACCCGCUCACCUUCAUCCCAGACAACGCCUUCCGCAGCUUCGGCCGCUACAUGGAGAAACUGCACCUGGACAGCAUGGGACUUCAGAAGUUUGCUGACGGAGCGUUCAGUGGGGUGACUGCACUAAAGACUCUGUACUUAAACAACAACAAGCUCAAGUCCCUCCCGGGCAGCCUAGAAUUCUCCACCAUCACCAACCUGACCCUGGACAACAACGCCUGGUCCUGCACCUGCCAGCUGACCAACCUCCGCAAAUGGAUGGAUUCGAGCCGACAGCGACUUGACGCCGUUUGCUCUUCGCCCUCCACCCAGAGGGGCAAGCAGAUCAGAGACAGCAACGUCUUCAGCCGCUGCAAAGGCAAAUCAAAGAGGGCCAAGAAGGGAACCCGCCAUUAAGCAGGUUGCUUUAUUAGCAUGACUGUAAGAGGUUUAGCGGAGAGAAGAGAGAGUGGAGAAGGUACAAGCCUGUCCAGGUGAUCGGCUACAAUGAAGAGGAACAUAAAAAAAAAAAAAAAAACAUGGAAGCAACGCUAGACCUGCUACUUUGAGACUGUCCAUUUCUUACACUUUACAAAACAUAUAAAACACACCAUCUCCUGGCAGCAAUGCAUGUAAAAAGUACACAAAGUGUUGCAAUAAAUGUAAAACAUGGGGUCAAAACAGAUUAAUGUAUUCCUGGUAGACAAAUUAAUCUAUAUUUUUCAAUAUUGUGUGCAAUUAAUAGGAAAUAGAGUACCAGUGACACACACACACACACACACACACACA